AUGUCAUCAAUUCAAUCGCCACCAGCAAAAUCUCUACAACCAAGUUAUUCAGCCGCUUCACCAGGUUCCAAUGGCGGAUAUAUGAAACCAGGCUUAAAUGAUAGUCCUGCGGUUAGUAAUCAUCAAGUAGAGUCCAAUAAUGACAACAAUGAUAGCAUUGAGCCUCAUGCGCAGAAUCAAAGAAUCGAUUUGGGUGCUAUGAUCGAAGAAUUGACCUCGCUGUUGGGUAAAGAAAACUGGACUAAAUACGCUCAAAUUAUCAGUCUUUUCAUUCUAGGGAAGCUAUCUAGAAAGGAACUUUCUAAUGAAUUGGAACUACUGUUCUCACCCAAUUCCAUUAACCUGGAAAAAUCCCAUACAAGUCAUCGUCAUAGUCUGGUACGACUUCAUAACCAACUAUUAUUAGGGAUCUUUGCUAAUUCAUUACGCGAAAAUCCUCUUGGCAGAAAUGGUAAUGAGAGUUCAUGGGGCUUUAGUAACGGUAGCAAUAAUCAAAAUAAUAAACUGAAAAGAGUCAAUAAGCAUAAUUCUCAAAUUGAAGUAUACAAGAAAAUAGUCAUGUCAUUACCUAUAAACGAUCGAAAUAGACUAAAGUUGAUAACCAAAGAAGCUGGUAAGAGGGGCUUUAUUUUUUGCUCUGUUUUCCAAGCCAGAUUGAAUAAUAUACCCAAGAUUCCUAUAGUAACGAAUCCGGAAAGUUUGAAACGUGUUAAAAAUAACAAUUUAAAAACGCCGUUAGAGUGGUCACAAGAUAUAAUGAAUGGAUUCAAUGUUCCCUUGGCAAGCGAAAGUUAUUCUUUACCAGAUACAGAUUCGUUUUAUCUGAGGAUGGUUGGUAUAGCAAGAGAACAUGGGUUAGUUGGUACAGUGGAUACUCGUUGCGUGGAGCUUAUAUCAUUGGCACUAGAUCAAUAUCUCAAGAAUAUAAUAGAAUUCACUAUUGAUACAGUUCGUUAUAGAAGGAAAAAAUAUUCAGAUUAUUAUGACCUGAAUGAAAGUGGGUUAUAUAAGUCGGUCUCGGAAUUGGCUGCUGAUAAGCAUAAUGCUAAAAUUAGACAAGCUAAUGAUCGUAACGAAGAUGGUGCUGAUUAUGAUGAAGAAAAUAUCAAUGACGAUAAUAAUAAUAACUCUAGCAAGGCUGAUAUUGGCGACGUGUCGACGAGUAGUGUCACAAUGGUCGGUGAUGAAGCAGACGAGGAAACAAAGGAAAAUAGAACGAUAUCACUAACCAAUGAAGACGUGCAUGAUUCGUUAUCUAUCUUUCCAAAUCUGGUAGAACCUUCGGGUCCUUACUAUGCGUUAACUAAUUUGGGGUUGGUCAAUGAUGACGAACUAGUAGAUGUGAAGAGCGGUAUUGAUGAUUUACCGGAUUUCUUGGAUGAAAUGCCUACGUUCACACCUUUGGAUGAGAGAAAUGUUGGUACGAGACACGAAUUAAAUUGGUUAAUCAAAGGGAUUUUAACAGAAGAUUGA